AUGGGUUCAUAUGUUCAACAACAACGCGGACAUGCCAUAGGCGACUCCGAGUCAGAAAACGGACCUAGGCCCAUGUACCCUUCGGAAACCCAAUCUUCUUAUUACGGGUAUCAGCAAUCCAGCACAGAAAACUUUUCCAAGACAGCCCUUGACUCGGGCACUGAUGCAAAUGGGCUUCAAUAUAGGACCUCAGACAUCGGAAGAGUCACACCGCAGUGGGAAAUUCUCAACCGCAUUGUUCCAUUUUGGGAGAUGUUUAUCAGCAGUGUAGCCCUCUUCGGUUAUCAUAUUGUGUCUUUAGCAAUACAAAAUAUUGGUGGGAAGAAAGCUUUAUCCGUUCUUUUUUUAAAUGGUUGUCAAUCAGAGUUUCAACAACCAAACGUUGAUAUAUGUGCCACGUCCAUUCUGACAUGGAGCUUGAUCGGUGGAGCCGUAUUAUAUUUUUUCCUGACGUCUAUUUUAAGUGUGCUCCUAUACGCAGAGUGCCAUCGUCAUGGAUACCCUGGCAUGUUCACGGCAUUAUGGAAUUCUCCAUUCUUUUUGGUCUGUUACUUCUUCAGAGAAAAAAACCGAAUAGAUCUCUUGACCAUUCCUAACAAGUUUCUGGGGUUUAGAACAUGGACUCGUUUGAACUUACAUAGGUUCGCACUAGCAGUUUAUUCUUUAAUAACUACAUUACUGGUCGUUUAUUAUCUUACACGGUACACCGUCGACAAUGAUGAUCUCAUUGCGCAAAAAGAAUACAAGAGCGGGAAUAGCUUCUAUCGCGUAUAUAAUCCAUAUUUCCUCCCUUACUAUGCGGCCAUCUAUUUUUAUUGCAAAACAAUCAUUUCAUCAGGAAUAGACAUCAGAAAUUCAUAUAAUACUGAUAAGUCGGAAUUAGUGGGAGUUCAUUAUACGUCUCUGAAAUGUGCCAACCCAUCUCAUUUUUCAAGUGCGCUGAUUGGUUAUUUCUCCGAGACAACAGAUUUCUCCCAUUUCUACAUCCAAAUGUCUGAAGAAGCGUCUUAUGAGCUCUCAUCCAUUUCUGACCCAAGCGAUUUUCCCCAAGUUGGGUUAAAACACCUUGACUCGCUGCCACGUUGUCCGAUAUGUAAGGAUUUUUUCAAAACCCCGAUGAUCGCCGAAUGUGGGCACGCGUACUGUUCGCUUUGUAUACGACGUUGUUUGGCUGCAGAACAA